AUGGGGCCUCCGAGACAGAUAAAUAUUGCCGUUAUCGGUGCUGGUGGCGUGGGCUCAUGUUUUCUCUUGCAGUUAGCAUGGUUUGCUAAAAAGCAAAAAUCUACUCGUAUUAGUCUAUGCUACCUUGCGACAAUUGACGGGGCCCUUUAUAGCCAAGACUACACCGAUAUCGAAAUCGAAACAGCCCUGUCUACAUUGGAGGAAAAGGGAUCUGCCCUACCGUCCAUUCCUGAAACAGUUGAUUAUUUGGCUGGUGCACCACACAAGAUUAUCUUGGUGGACAAUACUAGCUCUGGGUCUAUCGCAGAGGCCUACCCUUUGUUUCUGAGACGAGGAAUAAGCAUCAUCACGCCGAAUAAAAAGGCCUUCUCGGGAAGCUACAGCCUCUGGCAAGACAUCUUCAGUGCUGCCCAAUCGGGGGGUUCAAUGGUGUAUCACGAAUCUUCUGUUGGGGCUGGAAUGCCUAUUAUCUCCACAUUGAAAGAGCUUGUUCAGACUGGAGACGAAGUCACUCGCAUCGAGGGUGUUUUCAGCGGAACAAUGUCCUUUCUUUUCAACCAAUUCUCCCCCACAUCCGGUCAAGCUGGAAAAUGGUCAGAGACUGUCAAAAGGGCAAAGGAGCUUGGAUUCACCGAGCCAGAUCCUCGUGACGAUCUCAAUGGCCUGGAUGUCGCUCGAAAAUUGACUAUCCUCGGUCGCUUGGCUGGUCUCCCGAUCGAGUCUCCGGCGUCAUUCCCCGUACAAAAUUUGAUUCCCCAAGAGUUGCAAACAUGUGGUGAUAGUGAUGAUUUUAUCUCAAAACUGCAUGAGUUUGACGACCGCAUGGAAAGUGAAAGGGCUCUCGCUGAAAGAGCAAGAAAGGUCUUACGGUAUGUUGGAAGUAUCGAGAUGGGCACUAGGAAAGUGAAAGUUGGAAUGGAGAUGUUUGAUCCUAUGCAUCCGAUAGCUACAUUGAAGGGAAGUGAUAACAUUAUCAGCUUCUACACAAAGAGAUAUGGUGAGACACCUCUAACAAUUCGAGGAGCUGGUGCGGGCGGAGAUGUUACAGCGAUGGGUGUGACGGGCGACUUGCUCAAGGUACUUUGUCAAAUGAGCUAG